CCCAAUUUUUCAAUGAAAAUUGCCAUUUAGGGCAAGGUGUUACUGUUCUUCAAAAUUUUUAAAAUAAUAUUUCCGUUUUACUAUUAGGAAGCCGAAAAUUUAAGUAGUUUACAAAAAAAUGUACGUGGUCAGCCAUGUCUUUACAGAGCAGCUAGCAAUCUGGCAAGAAAAUAGCUAGCCGACUCUAAAAGAAAAAGAAAACGAACACGGGAAAGUCUUUGCUAUUUGUCGCAUCACUAGUUAGUGUCUGUUAUUUCGCGUAGCUAACUAUUUUAUUAAGAACCGUAGCUCACGUCCAUCCCAGGGCGUGAGCUGUCUCGGGGAGAGAUAUCCUGGCCGCGUCGUCCUUGGCGCGCAGGAAAACGCGUUCGGAGGGGGCGUGCGCCAGGGCACGCUCAGCACGCGCGCCGCAUUCCCCCCUGACAUUGGACCAUCACACUCCGGCGUCGUGGCCUUCUAUGACAAUGCGACACAAUUCAUCUGCAGUCACCGACGAUCACCCAGAAUGAUGUCAUCGACUUGCUGAAUGUUGCUGGCUGGACUGCAGUUACCGUCCUACCGCCCCGCUUUUCGCCAGCCCUUCAGCUUCGUUACAGCAACGAACGCAUCGUCUAGCAGUCAUCUAAUGUUGCUAAUGUUGCUACAUGUUGACGCAGGAAAUUACACCUGCAGUGGAUUAUAGAAUAAGCUCAUCUUCACUCGGGUUCAUCAUGAAGUGGUUCGCAGUUUUUGUGUGUCUUAUUGCCGUGGCUGCUAGUGAGCAUUGCUACAAGGAUGCUAAAGAAGCAUGUCAUCCCACCAGCCCAGAUGUGACUUUUUCCAACUGUGAUGCAAAAUUUGGCAAGGCAGCAAACUACAUGAACAGAUUGAAUGAUUACUUCAACAUGCAUAUUUCACGUAGUUUGCAGUAUUUGAUGAUGUCGAGUCACUUUGGAGGAUACAAAAUGGAACGAGAUGGCUUCAAGAAGCUGUAUCGUAAAUUGUCGGAUACUGCAUGGGAUGAUGCUAUUGAUGUAAUCAAAUACAUGACCCUGAGAGGUGAGAAGAUUGACCUGAAACCAUACUAUGAUUCAGAAAAAGAGGACCGAUCAACAAUUUUCCAGGGAGAGCCACUUGCAUUGAAUGAAGUUGAGAGUUUGUCUAAAGCUGUUGACAUUCAGAAGAAACUUGCUGAAGAAGCCCACAGCAUUUACAAGGUUGCUAAUGAGCAUGAUCCUGAGAUGGGAGCAUUUGUAGAAGACACAUUCAUGCACAAGCAUGCAAAGACCAUCAGAGAGCUUGUAGGGUACACUACAGAGCUCAAGCGCCUUGUUGAAAUUGAUCCUGAAUCACCACAGAGAUCAGUUGGGCUCCAGGUGUUCCUGCUUGAUGAGUACUUGAAAAAGAAUUUGUAAAAUAUAUGAAAUGUUGACUUGUUAGAAUUUUGUGCCUUUAAGAGGAAAUCGAAGUUGUCAAGGAGUAGAGGAUUUUAAUUACGUUCAGUUAUGUAUUUUUCAUUUUCAUGUACAAAUAAAAACUUACAUUGAAAUGCUGUUUUAAAACUU